CUGGGAGACGACUGUUCCUGGAACCAUGAGACAUAAUUCUAAUGUUAUGGCAGCAUUCAGCCUUUGGACAAGUUAAUCUGAAAGGAAGAUUUGUGCUGUCCUCAGGGGAACCUCUGCGAGCGUCGUGGUGAAUCACAGCCUCACUCAUUAGACCUGAGAAAAACCUGCAAAGGCAGCGUCGUCAAAUAUUUAAGAUUAUCUCAUGUGGAUUCUCCACUCGGUCUGCAGCAACUGGGAAAUGUGUGUGAGUGUGUUGAAGCAAAACUUUAACGUUUUCGUAGAUUUCCACUCUCCCUGCCUCUCCAACACGCCUACCUGCCAGCCUAUCACCCGUCCACACAUCUCCCGCUCCUGCCGGUCCACCACACCCACCUCAUCAAGCCAACUCUGCUCACCUGUGCCUCAUUACUCCCUGUUACUAUUAAGACUCCAGCUCCACAGACUCUUGUCGCCAGAUUGUUCUUUGUCACUUCAAGCAAGACUUUCCAGAGUUUAUUCCCGGACUGCUUCCUUGUUGCCGACCUCGCCUGUCUCUGACUCUCCUGCUUCGUCUGCUCCCCAGUAAACCACUCGGCCUUCUGUUCCUGACUAAGAGCUCUGCUUCUACGUUCUUGGUUUCUGUUCCCCUGUUCCCUUCAGCUGUGUGGAGGGAACAGCCAGUCAGCUCUCCGUUGUGAGUUUACCUGCUCUGCUGCUUUCCUGUGCCAGGAUUACCUCGCCGCGUGGCUGCACAUUCUGCCUUUGUGUGUGCACCGCGGGAUUGACUCAUCAUCAUCGUUGGUUCCUCGACUCCUCGCCAGUUCAGACCUACCUACAGCCGGCUCCUCACAGGUGUGUUGGCUUACCUUGUGUGUUCGCCUGGUACUGGACCUUCUGCUCAUCUGACAUCGCCUCCUGUCUGCUCCCUCAUGGGCUCGCAGUACGAGCUGAAGGACAGCCCGGGCUCCCACCCUGCCUCCCUACCUGUCCACGCCGCUCAAGGCUUCUACCCGUACGGCCAGUACCCGUACGGGGACCCGUCGAGGGCAAAGACGGCCACCCGGGAGACCACCAGCACCCUGAAGGCCUGGCUGCAGGAGCACCAGAAGAACCCGUACCCGACCAAAGGAGAGAAGAUCAUGCUGGCGAUCAUCACCCGGAUGACACUCACACAGGUGUCGACGUGGUUUGCAAACGCUCGCAGACGCCUGAAGAAGGAGAACAAGGUAACCUGGGGCCGCAGCGCCGAGGACCGGGACGGCCGCAUCUUCAGCAGCGACAACGAGGACGAGCACGGCAAGAACGGCAGCGACGACGAAGACGAAGAGGAGGAAAUUGAUUUGGAAACUGUCGAUAUCGAGAGACCCGAGGAGCAGCGAGCGGGGGAGCAGGGCUCCGGGAAGGGAGAGGCGGAGGCAGAGGCAGGCCUGGCUGACAGAGAGCAGGCCUCGGAGCCGAAGAGCUCAGAGAGCAGCAGGACGCUGGAGGGCCUGAGAGGAGUGGACGCGGCUCUUUCUCUCAACAGAUCGCCUGUUGUCAAACUCGCAGUGGAUCAUUCUCCCAGCAGACAGGAGUGCCAGAGACCACCGCAGAGCAAACCUAAAAUCUGGUCUCUGGCUGAGACCGCCACGGCCCCCGACAGCUCUCACAAACCUCCCCCCGCGGCCCAUGCGCACCACCCGGCUUUGGCGUCCGCCGGCCACCCGGCCUUGCUCCCGGGUCAUGGGAUUUACACAUGCCAGAUUGGCAAACUGCACAACUGGGCCAACGCGGCUUUUCUGAAUGCCAACUCUCUUUUGAACAUGAGGUCGCUCCUCGGAGGGGCGCCGGCCGGACACCUGCCUCUCCACGGCGCGGUGCCGGUUGCGCGUCAUGACGCACGGCCGGCGGCGGCGGGCCCCGGAACUUCUGGGACGGAGGAUGACAGUGAUGCGGAGUCGUCGGGAAGCUUCAGUCCAAAAAGAGAUGAUGAAGAGAGCGACCACAGGCCGGACUCCCUCAAGUCCCCAUUCCAGCUGAUCACUGACAGACCUCACCAUGGGACAGCACCACAGCGAGUUCUGACAACGACAUUAUGAGAAGACAAAGGGAAAAAAAAAAAGAAAUAAUUUUAUUUAACGGAGAACAGUUUAACGAAGGCUAUUUUUGUUGACAGUGCUGCCUGUCAUAGUAUUACUGUUUAGCUUCUCCAUGCAAAAAGAGAUGGUUGUUUUUUUGUCACAGAUUUGCUUGUAUCUCUCUUUUAUGUCCUACGUUUCUUCUUCGCCUCUUCUGUUGUGAAUGGAAACCUUGAAAAAUUUGUAAAUACAGGAUAUGAAUUUGUCUUUAAAGAAUAUA